CUGGGCAAAGCGCGCGUCCACUUUUCCCCCUAGCCCGGAAGAAGAGAGAACUAAAGUUAGGGGGUGACCGGGGACCGAGCAUUUCAGAUCUGCUUGGUAAACCAGGAGCACCACCAUGCUGGCAGCAAGACUUGUGUGUCUCAGGACACUACCUUCCAGGGUUUUCCAUCCAACCUUCACCCAGGCCUCUCCUGUUUGGAAGAAUUCCAUCACAAAGCAUCAAUGGCGUUUAACACCCAGCCGGGAUUAUGCCACAAAGACGAGAUUUGGAACCCGGCGUGGAAAAACUGGCCAAGAGCUCAAAGAGGCAGCAUUUGAACCAUCAAUGGAAAAGUUUUUUAAAAUUGAUCAAAUGGGAAGAUGGUUUAUUGCUGGAGGGGCUGCUGUUGGUCUUGGAGCGCUGUGCUACUAUGGCUUGGGAAUGUCUAAUGAGAUUGGAGCUCUUGAAAAGGCUGUAAUUUGGCCUCAGUAUGUGAAGGAUAGAAUUCAUUCUACCUAUAUGUACUUAGCAGGAAGUAUUGGCUUAACAGCUUUGUCUGCUAUGGCAGUGAGCAGAACUCCUGUCCUGAUGAGCUUCAUGUUGAGAGGCUCUUGGGUGGCAAUUGGUGCAACAUUUGCAGCCAUGAUUGGAGCUGGAAUGCUGGUGCGAUCAAUACCAUAUGAAAGCAGCCCAGGCGCAAAGCAUCUUGCUUGGUUACUACAUUCUGGUGUGAUGGGUGCAGUGGUUGCUCCUCUGACCAUUUUAGGAGGGCCGCUUCUCCUCAGAGCUGCAUGGUACACAGCAGGUGUUGUGGGAGGCCUCUCCACAGUGGCCAUGUGUGCACCCAGUGAGAAGUUUCUAAAUAUGGGAGCUCCUCUAGGAGUGGGCUUGGGUGUCGUCUUUGCAUCCUCGCUGGGAUCUAUGUUUCUUCCACCUACUUCUAUGGCUGGUGCCACUUUGUACUCAGUGGCAGUUUAUGGUGGUUUAGUUCUUUUCAGCAUGUUCCUUCUCUAUGAUACUCAGAAAGUAAUCAAGCGUGCAGAAAUAACACCGAUGUACGGAGCUCAAAAAUAUGAUCCCAUAAAUUCGAUGCUGGGAAUCUACAUGGAUACAUUGAACAUAUUUAUGCGAAUUGCCAGUAUUCUAGCAAGUGGUGGAGUCAGCAGAAAGAAGUGAAGUGAUCCCAUUUCUGACUUUUUAAAUAUCAGCUCUCUUGCUUGUUUAGUAGGGACUGAUACUCAUUAGUUUUCCUCAUUUGCAGCUCUUGAAGUUUAGAAGAUCAGAACUUGUCAACAUGUUUCAAAUGUUCCAAUAGUGUGAUGCUUCAGGUUUGCUUUCCCUUCUGAAGAAUAAAUUCAUUAGCUCUCUCUUAAGUAAGCAGACUCAUUGCCAGUUCUCAUGUUUAAGUAAAUAUAAAAUGUUACAGUAAAUGUGGAAACUAUGGUGUAAUAGAUGUAAGCAUUUAAGUCUUAAAUUAAGACUUAAUUUAAAAUUAACUUAAAUAAAA